AUGUAUUUCGUUCCUUUUGCGCAUUAUCGAAGAAAUCGUGACGAGCGGAGUGGUACUGAAGAUUCUGGCCGAGUUGUUGGAAAACAUAAGGGACGAGCAGCACCGCUAGUAUUAGUGCCCGAGCCGAUUGCGCAGACGGGAGGAAGCGGCCGCUCCGGGAAUUCAGUAUCUCCUGCAUCGGCGAUGGUGGAUGUUUCUCGAAUACAGAUGCCAUCAUCAGGCAGCGCUGGCGGCGUUCAAAGCCGAUUUUUACCGCCAUCAUCAUCGGAAGGCGAAAAUUCACAAACUGAGCAGCCUAGUGUGCAGGCAAAAGCACCCAGCUAA